AAUAAUCCUCUUAAUCUCAUCGGUAUCUCUCUCUCUCUCUCUCUCUCUCUCUCCCAAACUUAUCUUACCUCUGGCUCCAUCACAAGCAACCAAGCUGUCUCUUGUUGGAUAUGUAGUUGGGUUGUUGGAAGCACAGAGGCACAGUCCUUAACCCGUCAACCUAAAACACCAGCAUCUUCCUCUUCUUUCCUUCUCUCUCUCUUUAUCGCUAAUUAUUCUUGUGCUUCUACUUCUACGUACACACAUAACUAAGAGCAAUUAGAGAAGGGAUAAUAAAGCUGGUGGUUCGGUCGUGAUGCUAGCUGUUGUUGCCUCUCUUUUCUCUUGUGAGACUGUGAGUUAGGUCCCAUUUUAAACUUUGAUUUCUUGUUUGUUUUCGAAUUGUGAGACUUGUUUUAUUAAUUCUUGCUUAGUGCAAUAACUUCUCCAAUCCUGUGUGUCUUGUAAGAAAAUUAGGGCCAUAGAUUGCAGUCUUUAUUCGCAUUAUUAACUUGGGAAAACAACGUUAUUAUAUUAGGGCAUUUAGUUGAGCUCGGAUUACAAAUCUUUCUUAAGCUUAACAACUCCAAGAUUUCAAAGUUUGAUUAUUAUAGAGACUAGAUCAAGAUAGGAAAAUUCACAUAGCUAGCUAUAGUGCUAGUACUACUGUGUGUAAGAGAUUUCAGGCGUGUAUAUAUAUACACACGCACACUUCAAAGUGAGUUAUGGAGUUAAGAGGCCAAGAAAUCAAUGAUAUGAGAACGUCAGUCCCUUCAAGCUAUAGUCAUCAAUCAUCAGGAGUGGAAAGGAGAAGAGAUGGGAAUAUCAAUGGCAACACAGUCCUCACUUACACUCAAACCCUAGAUCACCGUAGACAACCAUCACUUCCUCAAGCAAGAUCUCCAAAGCCAGAUCGACUUUUGAGCAUUGGAAAAGGAUCCAACUCCAAGACAGCCAAUGUUAGGUAUCGAGAAUGCCUCAGAAACCACGCAGCCACCGUCGGCGGCAAUGUUUUCGACGGCUGUGGUGAGUUCAUGCCGGGCGGAGAAGAGGGCACGCUCGAAGCUUUAAGAUGUGCGGCCUGUGAGUGCCACCGGAACUUCCACCGCAAAGAAGUAGAUGGGGAGACCCAAUUCAGUCCGAGUUCGAGAAGAAGUACCAUGGUCCAUAGCCUUCAAUUGCUGCCCACAUUGACCUCUCCGACGGUACUGCAUCAUCAAAGAUUUUCCAUGGGGUUACACACUAGCCCUACAGCCGCAAACAUGGUUCAACCCAUGAGUGUGGCUUUUGGUGGUGGUGGCGUUGGAGGUGGAGGAACCGAAUCGUCGAGUGAAGAUCUCAAUGUCUUCCAUUCUAACGCUGAGGAAGUGCCACUACCACCGCCUUAUGUUUUAUCCAAGAAAAGGUUUAGGACAAAAUUCACACAAGAACAGAAGGAUAAGAUGAUGGAGUUUGCAGAGAAGAUUGAAUGGAGGAUCAAUAAGCAGGAAGAGGAGGAAAUGCAGAAGUUUUGUGCAGAGGUAGGGGUGAAAAGGCAGGUUUUCAAAGUGUGGAUGCAUAACAACAAGAAUCUGAAGAAGCAGCAACAGCAACAACAGCAGGAGGAGCCAGUGUGAGAGAAGCAAAAGUUAAAAUUAAAGAAGAUUAUUGCUUAAGGGGCUGAGGGAGAGGGAUAGAUAUAUAGAUGUAGAUAUAGAAAAGAAGAAAGCUGGGAUUAGCAAGAUUCUUGAGAGGAACUCUUUCAUCAGAGAUUUUUGUAUAAUUCGCAGCUAUGUUUUUAAUUUUGCUUUCUUCUGAUCUCUUAUCAAUUGCUCGGGAAUUUCUCAAUUUUUAUUAA